AAAAAUGAACCGCAAGAAUCCGAGUGGAGUGGUGCCAUUCGCUGUUCUCCAAUCCAAAUACGCCAAAUCUUCCCAAUAAAGAAACCUUUCCUUUCUUCUCCUCACUCAGUUCCCAAUUCUACAGUGACUCCUCUCUCUGUAUAUUACUCUUAUUCCUCCUUCACUAUCUCUCUGUCUCUUAACUGGGUCUUCAGCUUCUGAGUCUUCUCUCUCUCUCUCUCUAUCUGUCAAGUGGGCUUUGCUGUUUUUGUCUUCCUUCGACGACUCUCUUUUGCAGAUUCUCAUAGAUUCUUCAAAGCUUUGAGUCUUUUUCAGAUUCCAAGGUCGGUUUUAUAUGCUUCAAAUCUCUCACCCAAAUCAGGUAUGGAGACUCUGCAUCCAUUCUCUCACCUACCUAUCUCUGACCACCGGUUCGUUGUCCAAGAGAUGGUGAGCUUACACAGCUCCAGCAGCAGUAGUAGCUGGACUAAAGAAGAGAACAAGAUGUUCGAACGAGCUCUUGCGAUAUACGCUGAAGACUCGCCUGAUCGCUGGUUUAAAGUUGCUUCCAUGAUCCCUGGAAAGACUGUUUUGGAUGUUAUGAAGCAAUAUAGCAAGCUUGAAGAAGAUGUUUUCGAUAUCGAAGCAGGACGUGUUCCCAUUCCUGGUUACCCUGCAGCUUCUUCUCCCUUGGCGUUUGAUCCUGACACGUGUCGGAAACGGCCUAAUGGAGCCAGAGGAUCUGAUCAAGAUCGAAAGAAAGGAGUCCCUUGGACGGAGGAAGAACACAGGAGAUUCUUGUUGGGGCUUCUCAAGUACGGUAAAGGAGAUUGGAGAAACAUAUCAAGAAACUUUGUUGUGUCAAAGACACCAACGCAAGUGGCGAGCCACGCCCAAAAGUAUUAUCAGAGACAACUCUCCGGAGCCAAGGACAAGCGCCGGCCAAGUAUCCAUGACAUCACUACCGGCAAUCUUCUUAAUGCCAAUCUCAACCGUUCCUUUUCCGAUCACACAGGUAUCCUCCCUGAUUUAGGGUUUAUCGACAAGGAUAAUGCUGAGGACGGAGUAAUAUUUAUGGGUCAGAAUGUAUCUUCAGAAAACCUGUUUUCUCCAUCACCAACUUCAUUCGAAGCUGCCAUUAACUUCGCCGGACAAAAUGCUUUCAGUGCCGGAGCUUAAGGUAACAUAUAAUCCCCCAACUCAGCGUUCUAAAGAAGUUGAGUUUUGAAACUGUAAUUAGAGGAUUAUAAGCAAAACCCAAGCUUAUUAUAUGUAUUGUAAUUGUGUUGUUUAAAAGUAACAAUUUGUUUUUUUUUACAUGAAUGUGACUCUGUGUUUUUGUGUGUUAUAUCUACUAAAUACCUAUUAAUUUUUUUUU